AUGUCUCCUCCUACUUUAAACUCUGAUAAAAAACAAUCUGGUUAUGCUAGAAUUCUUGGUUCUGGUGCUGCAGGUAUUUGUGAAAUAGCUGUUUUCCAUCCUGUAGAUACCAUCUCCAAAAGAUUGAUGUCCAACCAAACAAAAGUCACUAAUGCUAGCAUAUUGAACAAAGUCAUCUUUAGAGAGCACUUCCAUGAACCCUUUGGCAAAAGAAUAUUCACUUUAUUCCCAGGUUUAGGUUAUGCUGCCUGCUAUAAAGUCUUGCAAAGAGUCUACAAAUAUGGCGGUCAACCUUUUGCUAACGAAUUCUUAACUAGAAACUUCAGUCAUACUUAUCAAGAUUUAUUUGGUCAAAAAAAUGGUAAAGCUUUAAUGAGUGCAACUGCUGGUUCAAUGAUUGGUAUCGGUGAAGUUGUCCUAUUACCUUUAGAUGUUCUUAAAAUCAAAAGACAAACAAAUCCAGAGGCUUUCAAAGGCAGAGGCUUUCUCAAAAUUAUCAAAGAUGAAGGUUUAGGUUUAUAUCGUGGUUGGGGUUGGACUAUGGCUAGAAAUGCUCCUGGUUCUUUUGCUUUAUUCGGUGGUAAUGCUUUCGCUAAGGAAUACAUUUUCGGUUUACAAGAUUAUACAUCUGCCACUUGGACCCAGAACUUUAUCUGUUCCAUCUUCGGUGCUUCAAGUUCUUUAAUAGUCUCGGCUCCAUUAGACGUCAUUAAAACUAGAAUUCAGAAUAAAAAUUUCGAAAACCCUGAAUCUGGUUUCCAAAUCUUGAAAAAUAUGGCCAAAAAUGAAGGUAUUAGUUCUUUCUUCAAAGGGUUGACUCCAAAACUAUUGACUACUGGUCCAAAAUUAGUUUUCUCUUUUGCUUUGGCUCAAACAUUAAUUCCUGCAUUUGAUAGAUUAUUGAAAUAG